AUGUGCCCCCGAUAUUCAGACCUGGGAGCUUAUGCAUUAGGACUUUCAGGAACAGCAGCAGUUAUCGCAGGAGUUGUCGCUACCAAAAUAGCAAAAAAAAAAAGUAAAGAAUAUUUUAAAGAUCUGAAUGUCGAACCCAAAGUCGUUUUGGAAAGUCCUACAGCUUUGGCAUUCAGAGCUCUUGCAGUCUCUACAGUUAUAUCAGUUGGAAUAUUUUCUGUUGCCAUAUUUGGAUUUUGUAAAUGGGCCAACAUAAACAAUUUAGAUGAUUUAAGGGCUAAAGUAAAUAGUUUAAGAAAACACAAAGUUACAAAUAGUGAUGAAAGAACAGAAUUUGAAAAUCUUACCGAUUUCCUAACAUAUCUCAGUGAAAAAUACGAUUCGAAAACCAAAGCUAAAACAAAAACAAUCGGUGAAAAUGAAUGA